AUGGGUGCCAUAACCAUCUGCUACUGCCACAAAGACCAUGCCAACCUGCUCUAUGGCCUCUGUGCUCUCACUUCCCUAGGCCACUUUGACCCUCAAAAAGGAGGCCACUUGGUUCCUUGGGAACUUCAGCUGGUGAUAGAAUUUCUGCCAGACUCAACAAUUCUCCUCCCCUCAUCCAUCAUCACACACUCCAACACUCCCAUCCAGCAGGGAGAAACAUGCUAUUCUUUUACACAGUACACCACUGAGGGUACCAUCUGUUGGGUAAAAGAUGGCUUUCAGACUGCAAUGGAUUUUUUCAAUCAGCUUUUGGAGCAGGACUUAGAAGCAGAGAGGACUGAGGCAUCACAGAGGCUGUCAAUGGGUUUGUCUCUUUUCUGUAAGCUUGAAGAGCUUGAUUGUAUAUGA